UCCACCACCCCCUCCUCCUUGUCAGAACGAGCCUCCUCCGCCUACUGUCCCCUCCCAGCGGGUCUCCGAGCUGUGCCACUGCAGUGGAAGCGUCGGGAAAGGACAGCGAGUCUCAAGCCGGGUCCUCGUCCACGACCAGACCUCCGACACCACCGGCGCAGUGCGCGGCGGCGGCGGGUUUCCCUCCGAACCAGGGCUCUCGGCCUGAACACCCCUCCCCCUCCUCCUCCUCCUGCUCCUCUCUUCUACUCACCGUUCCCGCGCAAGGCGUCUGCGUUUCAUCGUCCACCCGGCAACAUGGGAAAUGAAGCCAGUUAUCCCCUGGAGAUGUGCUCACAUUUCGAUGCUGAUGAGAUUAAGAGGCUAGGGAAGAGGUUUAAGAAACUCGACCUCGAUAACUCGGGAUCGCUCAGCGUGGAGGAGUUCAUGUCACUGCCGGAGCUGCAACAGAACCCGCUGGUGCAGAGGGUCAUCGAUAUAUUCGACACGGACGGAAACGGAGAGGUGGACUUCAAAGAGUUCAUCGAGGGAGUCUCGCAAUUCAGUGUCAAAGGCGACAAGGAACAGAAGCUUCGGUUCGCCUUCAGAAUCUAUGACAUGGACAAGGAUGGCUACAUUUCCAACGGCGAGCUCUUCCAGGUCCUCAAAAUGAUGGUGGGCAACAACCUAAAGGACACUCAGCUGCAGCAGAUUGUGGACAAGACCAUCAUCAAUGCAGACAAGGACGGAGAUGGCAGGAUAUCCUUCGAGGAGUUCUGCGCAGUGGUCGGUGGUCUCGAUAUACACAAAAAGAUGGUGGUGGAUGUGUGAGCAUACCCCGCUUGCACAAUCCUCCUGCCCUCCUCCUCAAAACUCGCUUUCUCCUCCGUCUCUGAAGAUUUGCUCAAGACGUCUGGCAAACGCGCUCUGUGUAACUCAAUGGAAGUAUUCUCUCUCUCUGUCUCUGUCUGUCUCUCUCUCAUCUCUGUCUGCUCUCUCUCUCUCUCUGUCUCUGUCUGUCUCUCCCUCUAUGUCUGUCUCUCCCUCUAUGUCUGUCUCUCUCUGUCUCUGUGUCUCUCUGUGUGUAUGUCUAUCUCUCUGUCUCUUUCUUUGAAGCCACUUCUUUUUCUCUCAACCUGCGGGCCUGGUGAAGCCACCUUGGAAGUGUUAUUGAACUGUCGUCCUCAACAUCCCGGUCAUAGCACUUUAAGAAGAGACUGAAGGACUGACGGCUUCUCCCA